GUCUGUCUGUGCCGUGAGCUGUCAAGACGUUUUACUUUUGGGAGAAUGUAGAAACAAUUGAUUUUACACGUUUUAUACAGUUGUUUUUCUGAGAUUAUUUAGUUUGUUUAUGAAGAAAACAUAGGCGGCCGUUAAACUGUCGCGAUGGCAGCCACGGCCCAAGCCGAUAUGUCGGUGAUCGAGCUGAAGGCUGAGAUCGAAAGGCUGAGCCGCGAGCUCGACCAGGCCAGCAGUGAGAAGAUCCAAUCUGCACAGCUGGGUCUGGUCCUCCUCGAGGAAAAAAGUGCCCUGCAGCAGCGCUACGAUGAGCUCGAAAGCAUUUACGAAAACACAAGACACGAACUCCAAAUCACACAAGAGGCCCUUAUGAAACUAGACACAACACAGAAGGUAACUACAAGAAGUGGAAUUGAACAAGAAAAUGCUCUCCUCAACGAGUCUGCUGCCAUGGAGAGCUCGCUCACACUUCAAAUAUUGGAGCUUGAGGGUGAAACAAAACAGUUACGACACGAGUUAGACCGCGUGGUGAGCGAGCGGGACCGCUUGCUAGCAGAAAGCUCGGAACUGGGCGCAGACAAAACCACGCGGGAAGCGGAGCGGGCGGCGCUUCGGGCAGAGUUGAGGGAAGCACGCCAGCGGGAACAAAGGCUUCUAGUCGACAUUGGCGACCUAGAAGACGAGAACAUAUCGCUGCAGAAACAAGUCUCCGCGUUGAGGUCUUCACAGGUGGAAUUUGAAGGAUUGAAACAUGAAGUACGACAAUUACGAGAGGAGGCCGAGAACGCCCGCGCCGCUGCCGACGAGACCGCAGCAUUGCGCCGCAUCGCUGAACGACAACUGGCUGAAGCGCUCGAAGCGCUGCAAGCUGAGAGAGAAGCUAAAUUCGCGGCGAAGAAGGAACUCGACGCGCAUCUUAGUAGGGAAGCUGCGUACAAUAUCACGAAUUUGGCAUAUAGUAUACGAGGUAUGCCAGAAGACAGCACAGAGGACGAGGGAGAGCCAGGCGGUUCCAGUUCUGCAGAACUGAACACCGCUAUCGGCGAUCACCAUGCAGAUUUGUUCUCAGAGGUGCACCUACACGAGAUCUCAAGGCUUGAGAAGCAACUCGAACAGGCGCAUAACGAAAACAGUCAAUUAUCGGCAUCGAUGCGAACGGCGCAAGCAACGGCAGAAAGCGAAAGUGCAAUUGCAGCGAUCCUUCGAGCCGGACUCACGCGCGCCGCGUCUCGGGUCACGGCGCUGCACGCGUUACACGGGGACUGUGCGCCGUUGGAGGACGAGAAGACCGAGGGCGGUAUAUCUUCGCGCGCGGGCCGCUGGCUGACCUGGUGGCGAGUGUCGGGCGGGGAGCUGGAAGCGCUCGGGGCAGCGCUCGCGGAAUUGGGCAGCGGUGCCGCCCCCGCAGACGCGACCGCGGCGCAGCUCGCCCGCCAGCAGCUGGCUCAGCUCAGCGACCGCCUCGCCGAAGCGGAGGUGCGCGGCGCCGCGCUGCAGGCCGACGCCGACCUGCUGCGCACGCUGGCCGGAGGUGCUGGCCGCGCCCUGUCCAGCGCUGCACCAGCGCUGACGUCUGCAGCAGAAACCCUCGCGCAGAUUUAUCACCACGUAUGUGCCAUCAACGGCACUCAGCCCGAAAGGUUAUUGCUGGAACACGCGGGACACGCGGAUGGUACCGGUGCCGAGGGUCGCGGUGUGGUAGAAGAAGAAGCUUUAGCACUAGCAGCCGGCGAAUUGGAAGGACUGCGAGCGGCUGGAGUAGUCGCUAGAGCUGCCGACACUCUGCUAGAUCAGCUGACACAUCUGCGACACGCGCUCGACACCGCACUGGACUCUCGACACCGACACCACCCAGUCAUGGAGACAGAGGAGCGCGGUGCCGAGUUAGCCGAACUUCAAGAGCAAGUGAUCAAACUGAAGUCUCUGCUGUCAACGAAGCGAGAACAGAUCGCGACUCUACGAACUGUUCUCAAGUCGAACAAGAACACGGCAGAAGUGGCGCUCGCGAAUCUCAAGUCGAAGUACGAGACCGAGAAGACUAUCGUUACGGAAACGAUGCUGAAACUGCGCAACGAGCUGCGUCUGCUGAAAGAGGACGCCGCUACCUUCUCCAGUUUGCGAGCUAUGUUCGCGGCCCGAUGCGAGGAAUACGUGACGCAAGUGGAUGAGCUGACGCAAGCACUUUCCGGCGCUGAAGACGAGAAGAAGACCCUCAACCAACUGCUGAGGCUGGCCGUGCAGCAGAAGUUGGCACUAACACAACGCCUCGAGGAAUUGGAGGUGGACAGAGAAAUGCGUACGCGUCGCGUUCCGAAGGCCGGCAGCGGAGGGCGCGCCCGCGGAGGACGAGACUUCUAGCGGCUCGUGCGCGCGCUUAAAGCUGCUGCCACUGCUCUGCGCGCACUCCUACGGCACGAUAACCAUACUCUCCCCGCUAGAGGGUAUACGCUCAACGUUUAAUGAACGAAUGGUGAAUGAAACAAAGGACCAAGUCAACACCACUCCGUGAUAUGUGAGUCGAAAUGUAUCUGUUCUAUACGAGUUGAGGUGUGAUAUUAUGGCGAUGACAAGUCUGGGAUUUAUCACCGCUCGCGCUCGAACUUUGAUAACAGUGUUGCAACAGGCUUCGAAGGAUAAAGCUAACACCAUUCGGUAAUAUGUGGGAUUAUAAAAUUUCAAGGCCGUCGCCGUACUUUAGUACGAUACGACCAUCGUACUACCCCCGCUAGAGGGUAUACGCUCAACGUAUAAUCGUUAACUGCUUGGAAAAAUAACUGACAGUUGAUGAACAACUAGCGUGUAAAAAACUGAGACAAAAGACCAAGUCGCCAUACCGUGCUAUGUGAGUCUAAAAGUUACAUUAUAGCGAGGUUUUUACGCCGCUCACGCUCAAGUUAUGAUGGCAGUUUUGCAGGAGGCCUCGACGGACCAACUUAAAACCUAAAUCGUGAACUAAUGUUUAAAAAAAACGAAAGCUAUCAACGCAUGAUGAAAGAAAAGUGAGUGUUGCAAAGAACCAAGUCACCACUCCGUAUUGCGUAAGACGAAAGGUUACAUUAUAGCGAGAGAUACAGCGCGCGAGGAUGUAAGUUUUAAACGGGCUUCAAAGGACCAAGCUUAUACCACUCCGUAGUACGUGAAUUUAUAAGACAUCUAGCGGCUUUUGGCUAUAGGCUGAUAAACCAGGACAAGCAAAACCCGCUUAGAAGCUACGGAGUGGACGCUACUCACUGUCGACUUUUGAGUAUAUUAUAGGACGGUAGUUUUAAAACGGGCUUAGAAGGACCAUGUCGUACGCGAGUUGAUGCUGAAGACUUUUAGCAGUUUAUAACCUAAUUUUGUUAUUCUGAUCAAGCCCGUCAAAGAGUUCACAUCAUCACUCACACUCAACUUGACAUUGGAUUGUACGUACUUACGCAAAAGGGCUUCGAAGGAACAAUUCAAAAAAACAAUCACGCUAAUGGUUUUUUCAGUUGUGCUUUCGAAGUUUUGCUUAUUACCCACACGGCGCCCGACGAAAGACCAGCUUGAAUGAUGAUGAAGAGAUCGUGCUCUUCAUCAUCAUCAUACUACCCGAGAGACGCCCACUGCUAGACAUAGGCCUCCCACAAGGAAUAUCAAACCAACAAUCUCUCGCUACAUAUGAAAUAUAUAUUAUAUUUCAAUGAUGAGAAAACUGCAUGAAGCGGAUGCAGAUAUAGCAAUUGGAUCUAGGUACAACUUAUAAUCUGUUCAAUUCAAAUUCUAUAUUUUGUUUGGCACCGAUAGGCCGAGUGGGGUAGCCAUACUGAAAGUCUAAAGAGACCUGUUUAUUACUUAUAAAGAAUGUUACAUUGUUAUUACUAGUUGAUCUCAAAUGGCAGCAAAAUAAUUUUUAUCUAAAUUAAAAUUUUCAAUAUAUGGACUGCGAAAGUGUCUUUCUAUUGAGAAGAAUUUCGAAAUAGGCUUACGAAAUUCUCACAUAACAUGGAGUGGUGAUUGCAUUCUCUUGGUUUUAUUGUUAUAAAAUCAAAGGUAAAGGACUUUAAGGCAUAUAAGUUAGGAUAUUGUGUGCGUACAAGUGAGCCGUGAUUGUGAACACGUUGGACUUAUAUAGUGCAGUAACGAAGACGCAUAUGAAAGAUAUUCACGUCGUGUUAUUUAAAUGUCCUCGGAGAGUGUAAAAGAUCGAAACUUUACUGAAAAUUAAUAAGAAUAAAACAAAAAAAAUAGAAUCGACGUCUUGAGCGUUGUAUAUUCGAUCUCGUUUGCACUUUCGGAGUGAAUUUCCUCGACCGCGAACGUUCAAUACGGAAGUUGUUAUUGAAAAAAUAAUACUUCCCGAGCAUUGGUGGUUGGUUGGUUUAGCAUAUAGAUUAAAUUAUUUAUACGUUUUAUAUAAAAUUUAAAGUAAUCGCGUCAUAUCGGAAUGCCUCGCCGCCCGCCGGUGCGUCGUUCGCGUUACCCCGCGUCCGAACCGUCAAACUGUGCAAUGACGCGCGACGACGCACGGCAACAAAAGCGUUUUAUUCAUUAAAAAAAUCCGAAUCCGAUUAGCCUAUUUUAGCCUUACAAAUGUAUAAUCAGACAUUGUUUUUUUCAAUUAGCAUAGAUUUUGUUAUGUUUUGUCCUGUUAUCAAUUGUGUUUUUAUGAAAAAGAAAGAAAAAAGACAAUUAAAAGUUAAAAUAGGUUAAAAGACGUUUUUUGGUGAAUGAUACAGUUGAAGUUUGGCGGCGAGGCCUUCCGAUCUCGGUAUCGACGUCUAUUUAUAAAGUUGACUGAUUUUAAACGCGAGCGCAGCCGCUUGCCUAUAGUUAGUUACUAGGCUUCACGUCGUCGCCGCGCUCGACGAUAUUUUGAUAUCGAAUUUCCUCAUAGUAUUUGUCUAUUGCACUCCACCAAAUUUGAGGUCUCUACGUAUUUUUGUAAUAGGAUCGGUGUAUUUUUAUUGAUAUCGAAUGUAUUUAUUGCCGUUGUUGACGCAGGCCCGCCUGCGGCUCUACAGGAUUUAUCAUUGUAUAUGCCGCGCGAUGUUAUUUUUUAACAUUAUACAUAGUAUAAUUAUUAUAAAUAUAUAUAGCGACGAUCGAAAUCACGCGUUACGCGUGUACAUUUAGCUACGAAUCCUCUACUCGAUACGAAUGUAUAGUACGUACGUCCAAGAAGAAUUUCUAAAAUUUAUUCAUCGAUGUCCAUCCAUUGUGUGCGCAAAAGACCAUGUAAUCUGUUCUAGUAGUUGAUGCGUUCGUUGCGUUGUUGUGGCCCUCCGCCGAAUACUUUCGUCCAUCUUGUUCUAGUUGUACUCGUAGUGUUUCCGUGCGUUUCGUUGAAGUGCAGCGCAGCGGCCGGUUGUCUGUUGCCGCUGGCGCCCUCUGCCGUCCCGUGGCGAGCCACACGCGUCCGUCUCUUGUCCAACGCCGGUCGACUCGAUCCAUUCGCACCUAGCCCACUCUCACAACCCCUCCCCUUCCGAUAUUACUUUUCAACAUAAAAUAGAGUUAUACAAAAUUCGCAAAAUAUAUUAUAAUCUGUUUCGAAGUUGCUCAAUCGCUAUUGCUCACCGAGUCGACCGGCUCUCUAUUACGUAAGACAAAAUUUAACUAAAAGAUUAUUAUUAUUAUUGAAGUGUUACGAUGUAUUUGUUUCCGUUGUCGGAUGUGAUAUCGGCAGCUGCGCCCGUCGAUGACGUGGUCGUUUCUCUCUUCUAGUGUCCGCUGGACUUAGGCUAGUUCGACCGUUCCAUGUAGUGGGCACUCGCCCUUAGUAGGUAUUUUUACUGGAUUAGUGUAGAUUAGGUACGUUAACCUUCAGGUGUAAUCGGUAGUUAUCUAAAGGGCGCUGCGUGCUCCCGUAGUGAAAUUGAUUUGCAAUAUCUAACAGUAGCGUAAUUGAUUUGCAUAGCUCAAACGUGCGCCCCGCGCCGCCGGCUCAGAGCCGCCGCCGCGGGCCGAGGACCAUAGCCUUGCAUUUAUUGUUUUUUAGAUAAUAAUAUUAUAUUAUAUUUAAUAGCUUUUACCGUAACUCUUUGUGUACUUAAACGAAGGACUUACCAACAUUAGCUUUAGCGGAAUAUUUUUUCUAAGUAUUAUUAUUUUUUUCUUUCAUAGCUUAGCAGCAGACAUCGUCAUUGUAUUUGUUCAUGUAAUGUGUCUAGUCAGUAUAUUACUUACCGGCCCCGGGCCCGCCCCACUCUCGGCAUGCGCGGGCGAGCUCCGGGGGCGCCGUCCUCGACAUAAUAAAUGUAAUGGUUGUAUUAACUACUAUGUUAUACGUAUUUGUUGUUUGUUUACUACUUAAAUACUUUGCCUAUUUUCCUCUUUUGACAUUGUUAUAUUUAUCUUAUUUGUGUCACAUUUUAGUGACGACUCUUUGACAUAAUUAAAUUAUCACAUAUUUUAUUUCAUAUUGUUAUUUGUUAUUGCUGACUAUAUGGUUGGUGCGGAGCUCCCACGGCGUCUCAUAGUAAGACUUGCCUAAGGGAGGGUUGGUUAAAUCAUAGAUAUUAUAUUUACUAAUGUAUUCAGUAUUUAUUCGAAGUUCAGUAUUUUUUUACAUUAUUAUAAUAAUGGAGUCGCUCGAUGUCUGCUGCCACUGCCGGUUGUGGUGUUAUAUAGAGCGAUUAACCAAAUAUUUUCUUUACACAGUUGUAUUUAACUCUUUAGAUCACUUAUUUUAUUUAGGCAUAGAUAUUAUUUUAUAUUUAGCGAAGUAUUGAUGAGUUUUUAUUAUUUAAAGAUCAAAAGUAUAUCGGAUGCUAGCUGCGUUAUUAUAUUGCCACAUGAUUGAAGUGUUGGACAACUCGAAUGAAGCAUGAAUGUUCCCAUUGCCGUUUUUAUGAUUAUUUCUUUGUGUAGCCAUUUCACUCAUUUGAUCAUUGUCAAUAUGUAAACAUUGCACAGUUUGAUGGUUCACUAUUGUAAUGUAUCUCUCUGGUUUUGUGUAGUUUUGUUUACAAGAUGGCCACUCAUUUGUUACUUUAGUUUUGUAAUCGAAUCAGAUUACAUGUCUUUGCAUUUUUGAAUCUCACAGAGGUGUAACUUACGAGCUUUGAAGAGUAUAAAUGCGAUCGCGCAUGAAUGAACCAGCCCCUGGGAACAUAUCAUGACAGACAGAGCGGAUUUAUUUUCAAACUAUAAGGCACACCGUGUUGUCUCAAUGACUGAUAUGAAUCAUGUAUGAGAAUAAUAAAUUAUUAUAUUUAAAA